UUGAUUUUCACAGUUUAUUAUUCAAUAUUAUUGAACACAACAUAAGUGUAUUAUUACAAUAUAACGUUUUAUAAAGUUGAAAAUAAAAUGCUGAUGCGGAUACUGGUAUUAGCCGCAGUAUGCUUGGCCAAUAUUUCAGGUCACGAGAUAGCAAUAGAUGAGCCAUAUGACAUUUUCAAACAGCCAAGAGUCAACGAAUUCCCGGAUGAAAACGAAAUAAACAAUCGAGAAGAGCACAUAAUUCGUUCCGUUGUCGAUUGCCCGGAUAUAAUUGACAUCUCAAUGUGUCCAAACAAAUGCAAGGUAGAUGAAGACCGAAAACAACAAAAACCAUGUGGCUACAUAAGCUGCGAAUGUGUCCCGGAUAAAUUCUUUCAAGGCGAUAUGAAGAUAGCAUCGACCAACAUGAGACUAGUGAACAGAAUGUUUGGGUACGAAAUCCCUGAUGAACCAUUGGCCCGAGGUUUAACCAGUAAUGAGGAGUUUUACUGGCCAGGUUCAAGCGAUGGAAUGGUUUAUAUUCCUUAUGUUCUCGAUGGAAGUCUUCCAAGUGGACAUAAAGAAAUUAUCAUCGAAGCAAUGGAACAAUAUCGUCAAAAAACUUGCAUCAGAUUUAGGAAACAAACCACAGAAAGGAACUAUAUAAACAUUCUAAAUAAAGGCGGGUGUUGGUCAUAUAUUGGACGAGUGGGAGGCGGUCAACACUUGUCACUUGGAACCAAUUGCGGCCAUCUUGGCGUCAUUGAACACGAACUGAUGCACGCUCUCGGGUUCUUCCAUGAACAAUCUCGCCCUGACAGGGAUCAAUACGUCCGCAUCAAACACGAAAAUAUUCAGAGAGGGAGAGAAAAGAAUUUCGACAAGCAAGAUGCGUCGAAAGUAAGACCUUUGACCACAAAAUAUGAUUUAGGAUCUGUCAUGCAUUAUAGCGAACUCGCUUUCAGUAUGAAUGGGAAAAAGACGAUCGAAGUCAUUGGAGGUACUACAUCGGGAGUCAGAGUAGGACAAAGGGACGGAUUUUCUGCGAUUGAUCUUCAAGAAAUAAACGAAGCUUACUGCAGCGGAAAAGUUGUUACGGCGGGACCAACAACUACCACAACAGUACGGACAACGAAAACAACACCAAGGCCCGUGGUGACAACUGGAACAGGAAGCAAUUGCAAAGAUUUGCAACCGCAGCCUGAUUGCAUUCACUGGAAGAACCAAGGUUUCUGUCAACACACCCAUGUUGAUUACAUGGAAGCAUACUGUCCAGCUACCUGUGCGUUUUGCACUCCAACUACAACAGUCCCUGAGUGUAAAGACAAGAUACCUUCAUUGACAUGCUAUAAAUUCAAACACUACUGCAAAAAAUAUGAAAAAUGGAUGGCAAUAAAUUGCGGCAAAACGUGCGAAGCAUGUCUGAGCUCUGAAACCGCUACUACAUCAACGAGAAGAGCAUCGAGUACUCCAAUGGCUACAAGAAUUACAGAUGCAAAUUGCGGAAAACCAGUCAUAACUGAUAACUCUCAUGCAAGAAUUGUCAACGGCGACGAGGUGAAGGCAGGUACAAUUCCAUGGCAAGUGAGUCUUCGUUUUGGUCCUACGAGACAGCCGAUCUGCGGAGGAAGCCUCAUUAACAGGGAAUGGGUUUUGACAGCCGCUCAUUGCGUCCCAAACCCAAAACACAAGAAGUAUUAUUCCGCCUACUUAGGACUCCAUGAGAGAAAACCGAGCGAAAGUUCGGAUAUGGUGAAAAACGUUACGUUUUCCCAUAUAAUCGUCCAUGCUGGGUAUGAUGAUAAAACCAUGUACAAUGAUAUUGCAUUGAUGAAGGUGAGACAACAGUUUUAUUACACUAUUGGGUGCUACCUAUCAUUGAUGGAUAAUAGAUUUGAAAUAUUCAAGACAAUAAAUAACAACGAGGAUGCAGAUUUCGAAAAAAAGAAACGCAGGGAAACAAAGAAAGUAGUAAAAGAUUAUUGCGACAGCAUGGAAAUGCAUAUAUCUCAAUACUCUUCUCCUCCGAGCGACACAAAUCUCAUAGAAAAGCACACAGCGCUCAAAGAGAAUGCUUUUACAAGCUUUGAAAGAGCUUUAGGCAGCGACAAUAUCACCAAGGAUAAUAAAGAGGAAUUUGGACAAGAAAUAGAGGAUAGGUUUUCAAUAUUCAAGAGUAAGAACAAGACUGAACAAGCUAGAGUAAAACUCAAGAAACAAGAGCAUGAGACGAACAAAUCUCAAGUUAAAACAGCGAGAAGCGAAGCAUACAAUCUUUUUGUGAACAAAAUGCGAAAUCAUACUCAAAGAUAUGAUUCUAAAAUUCAAAACUUGUGUAAUCAGCAAAAAAUAAGGGCAAUGGAAAUGUUUGAUCGAAAGACAAACCUAUUGAAGUCAAAAAUGUCAGCAAUUGUGCAGCAAGAACGAAACAAUCUGAGCAACGAGAUUGAAGAUAAUAUCAAAAUUGUGAAUGAAGAAAAUAAAGUACGUCGUAAUUUUCUGGUACUGGUAGUACUUGUAUUUGCUUUGGGACUUAGAAAUGUGUUUGAGGUAUUUAAUUUUUGUUUUGGUUAAAUGUUGGUCAUUUUU